UUUGUAGGGCCGAGUUCAUUGCAGGACAGUGUGGCGCGUGCGGCACAGAAUAUGGCGGAUACCAAAACAUCGUCGCGGUGAUGCCGCUCUAGACGAAGAAAUUUCCGCCGUUUCCUGCUCUUGGACACAUCAUGGGUAAACGCGGGAGCAAGCUGACAUCAAACGAAGUUAAAGACCUCAUGUCAUGCACAUAUUUUGAAAGAAAAGAACUCCAACAAUGGUAUAAGGACUUUAAGAGAGAUUGUCCAAGUGGCGUCCUACGGAGAGAGGAGUUCCAGAGUAUCUACAAGCAGUUCUUUCCACAUGGAAAUCCAACCAAGUUUGCUCAGUUUGUCUUCAAUGUCUUUGACUCAAACAAGGAUGGAUAUAUAACAUUUAAAGAAUUCAUCUGUGCUUUAUCAGUGACGUCAAGGGGGAACUUGGAUGAAAAGUUAGAUUGGGCUUUCAACUUGUAUGACCUUGACAACGAUGGAUACAUAACCAAGGCCGAGAUGGUGGAUAUCGUCGAUGCCAUCUAUUGCAUGGUGGGUAAUCUGCUUGAUCUUCCAAAAGAUGAAGACACACCAGAGAAAAGAGUCAACAAAAUAUUCGACCAGAUGGAUCUGAACCAUGAUGGAAUGUUGACAAAGGAAGAGUUCCGAGAAGGUUCCCGGAAUGAUCCGUGGAUAGUCCAAGCGUUGUCCAUGGAAAUUCCCCAACACUGACAUUUUCACGAGUGAUCUUCCUUUUUGUAACAGAAAACCAUGAAGUUAUCUCCCUUGCCAAAGGAAGAACUGCUUUGCUGCACGUGACACCCAGCUUAGUACCUUCAGAAAGACCUUUCUCGGAAAAGUGAAUCUUGAUCAGUUGACCAAAACAACAACAUUCAAAAUGGUGUUGAAACAUAUAACUUUAUUUUACAAAUUUAUAGAUGACAUUAAAUUCAAGGUGCAAGAUCAGUAAUUUUCAAUUACCAAUAGAGUGUUGUAUUUUUUUCACAUUCUGAAAAAAAAUAAAAUACUUCUUUGCACACUGAAAGAACAAGGAUGAUAUGGGGCCUUUUGGGGGCAAAUAAAUGUCCAAUGUUUUAAGUCACUGAAGACUUUCAAAUAUUGUUAUGGAAUUUUUCAGCCCUGUUCAAAAGGACAAUAACAAGCAAUUUUACAGUAUUAAUAGGUGGCUUCCGCAUGUCAUCGAUCCCAAUUGCGUGCAUCGAUGCUCAUGAUAUCAAUCACUGGAUUGUCUGGUCCAGACUUGAUUAUUUUUCAGACCACUGUCAUAUAGCUGGAAUAUUGCUGAGUCUGGCGUAUAGCAACAAACCAAAAAACAAAAAGACAUGAUCAAGAAAAUGAGUGAGGCUGAAAUGAGGGGAAAAGGCAAAAAAAAUUCCCCAAGAAGGAUGUUCACCAUACAACGUAUGUUUUUACUGUCUGGAUCUCCAUGUACUUCAUAUAAACCAGGGUCAAAUGUUAUCUCUAAAUAUGAGCGAUCAAAAACAUUUCCAUAAUCAAAAGAAAUCUCUGCAAAAAGCAGAUUCCAUUCCAACCAUAUCAUAAGCUUGUGCCUAUAAUUCCCUAUCAAAUAGGUGAGCGUAUCCUCGUCCACCGGUGGUUUACUCAUCACAAACACAUGCAAAGGCAAGUCAAUCGUUCACCUGAAAACACAUGGGAAAAUAUGGUACAAGUCAAAAUAAAAAAUUGUUUGGAACUGUCCUCCACAUGUAUACCAUAAAAAGUUUUGGAAGCUUUUAUGAAAAAUUUGUCCAGCUUUAAGUUUAUAUAUUUGAUAAGUUUGAAACAUGACAAGCCUAAUUCUCACGAAUUGUUUCCUGUGUGAUGACAUAUGCACCAAAAGGGCCCGUAUCAUACCUUGUCUUCUUGUAUUUGUUGAAAAAUAUUUGGCUGAAAAAACUUUUAUUUAUUUGAAGUAUUCCCACCCUCACACCAUUAAUCAUGAUCACAGUUUAUGUAUACACAUUCCCUAAAGUCCUGCUCAUCAACGUCCAUUUGAUAUUUCAAGAUGAAUUUGUCAGCCUACAGUGACACUCAAAUAGACUGGCUUCUGUCUGUGUUUGUGCUGCAUCACCUUUAUAUAGAGAUUGAAUAUGAGCUAUUCUCGGCUAUCAUCCCAGGGGUGAGAUACCCAGUUGUUCAAGGCUGACAAGUUAUGCAGGGCAGAGAAGUACAAGCUACAAAAUGAGAUUUGUUUUCUCAUAAACAAAUGGAAUAUAUACCACUCAAAAGAAGUAAAGGACCAUCCAGUUACCGUAUUCGACGUAAUAAGCGCCCAGGACGCUCUUAAAAUUAAAAAUAGGGGGCUCUUAUUAGAAUUUUGGUGAAAAACACCUAGAGUUGAUCGUAAAUUUCGAGGUUUAUGCUGACAGCCUGAAUGAUACAAAAGAAAAGUCUGUGUAUUAUACACGACAAACAUAUUUUUCCAGAAUUGAAUUGCCCGUAAUUAAGGGUGCGUAUAACACACGA